AUGAAACGAGAUACAACAAAAACAGAGGGCGGAAGAGAACUGUGGUUUUAUAAAAAGCUGAACCCAGGGCUGAUGCUAGGCGUGAGCACUAGGACUAGUGAUACAGCCCCCGCCGUCCUACACAAGCAAAAGCAACAAGCAACAGCAGUGAGAAGAGGGGGUUGGAUUGACGUGGAGGAGUGGAGUGGCGCAGCGAAGCCUACCCCGGACAGGCAAGAUCCCGCGCACAGCAUAGUAUUUGAUGACUGUCGACACUGUAUUAAGAAUCCAGGAUACGUGAUACUGCACAGUGUCAAUCAAAACUGCCUUGCCUUGGAGGCGUCGUGCUUACGACUCCAGCCCAAGCCCGGGUUCAGGUCGUUACAGCUUGAGGUCAGGUUCCCACUAAGAGUGUCACAGUGGAGCCCGCGUAGGGCGCUCAGCCACUCAAGCUUCGCUGCCUUUUGUUUUUGUUUCUCGACGAGAAGAGCUUGGCUUCCCUUCAAGGCGCAGCUUAUUCAUUUGCUCCGAUCACAGCUGGAAAAUAAACAAUCAGAUGGUGCUUAUGCACUGGCUGACUCGAGCCAACAACAGGACAAGCCCUACGGAAAACGGACUACGGUACCUGAAGGUGAGCAUCCAUCUGCAAACUCUCUAUGCCACGAUCAGCACGACGAUCAUGCUAUUGGCCCGGCAGCCGAACCUUUGAUAACUCUUAAAUGGAAGAAGCCUUGA